UAUAUUAAUUUCUGUUACAUUUUUUUUAUUAAUUAUGGAGACUCCAGUAGUUCAACUAUCUGAUGAGGAGCUCAUAACGGUAUAUGAGCCUUCUGAGGAUUCGUAUCUUUUGAUUGAUGCUUUGGAAGCGGAUCUGAAGAUUCUGCAGGCGAUGAGACCAAGGAUUUGUUUAGAAAUAGGUAGCGGCUCCGGCAUAAUUAUCACGGCUUUGGCAAUGGCACUAAAGCGACAUAACAGUCACUUUAUUGCAAUUGAUAUUAAUCCUAAUGCAUGCAGGGCCACGAGAAAAACUAGUCUGAUUAAUUCAGUCGAUGUAGACGUCCUUCAAAUGAAUUUAUUAGAUUGUUUACAAGUUAAAUGUACAUUUGACAUUAUUCUAUUUAAUCCUCCAUAUGUAGUCACAGAAUAUGAGGAAGUAUUAGACGACAGACUUUUAUUUAAGACUUGGGCAGGUGGUAAAAAUGGUAGGCAAGUUAUGGAACAGGUAUUCGCUACGAUUCCCGAAAUUCUGUCAGAUGCAGGAUUGUUUUAUUUAGUCGUUAUCAAAGAAAAUGAUCCUGAAUAUAUCUUGAGUGCUUUACAAAAAUUGAGUAUGUCCGGUGAAAUUGUUCACGAGCGGAAGAUAAGAGGAGAGCAUUUGUACGUUUUACGUUUUCGUAAAAUCAAGGAAACAGAAAGAUAACAUCAGGGUAUAUCAUCCGUAGGAGAUUUUAUAAAAGUUUGUAAUUUUAUGGAAUGAAAAAGACAUUUUAUUGCUAGGUCUAAUUACUAUUUACAGAUUUAUAAGGAUAAGUAAACUGAAUUACAUUUAUUUAGAUCAUGUUACCUUGUACUUUUUGUAGUUAAUUGUAACACUAUUUAUAUCAUUUGUAAACUCUUGUUAUGUACUACAUAAUUGCAAUUAAUACAUGCAUAAUCGCA